GUUGAACCGCCAUUUUGCCGUGCUGAAUGCCUUUGUUUAUUUCUGCCAGCUUGCCGUCCGGUGUAUUUUGGUUUUGAAUUUUGGCCUUCGCCAUGGCCAUGAUCGCUACUGCAACAGGUGUUUCAACGAAAAGGAAAGAAAUAUACAAAUAUGAUGCGCCAUGGACGAUUUAUGGCAUGAAUUGGAGUGUUAGACCAGACAAGCGUUUUAGGCUUGCUCUGGGAAGCUUCGUUGAGGAAUACAACAACAAAGUGAGCUUGCGAUCGAUAAGUGUCUGUUUUUAGAGUUUCUUCUCAACUGAUCGAUUUAUUCAUUUCUUUGCUAGGUUCAAAUAAUUUACCUUGACGAAGAGACGGCGGAAUUUGUAGUUCGAGCGACUUUUGACCAUCCAUACCCGACAACGAAAAUCAUUUGGAUACCCGAUAGUGUAAGAUAGAAAUCUACCGUUUGGUUUCGGUUAUCUUUUAUCGUCCUAUCGCUGAAAAUUUUAGUAGGUGCUUAGCUGGUGGUAUUGAAUCCAUGCAUUGUUAGUUCGUGCGCAAGAUUUUCUUGUUAAAUUUACGGAUAAAAGUUGUUGCUUCGCCGAAGCACAGCUGGCAUGCAGCUUGGCAAGGUGAAUUUAGAUGAUCGCGAUGAAUACUCAACCAUUUGCCAGUUUUUAAUUGCUUCGCGUUUCGCAUCCAAAAUUCAUUACCACUACGCUUUCAAUUCAGAUGAUUGCGCACAUUAUCGAGUUCUUUGUUCUUUCAAAUCAUCAACGAAUUAACACCUUUGCCUCUUGGAUGCUGGUGUUAAAACGUUUUUAAAAAUUGAGUGAAAAGCCGGGAAGAAUUUGUUCCUUAUUUUGUUUGGUGUGUAGUACACCCAUGCGAUCACUGUGGUCUGUCUCCCAUGUAUUUUUAUGCUAAUCUUGUCAUUAUUGAAAAGUCCAAAGAUCGUAUCUGACUCUACAUGUAUCCUAUACCUUCAGAUAUUGAUAUAAAUGUUUAUAAAUAAGCUGUUAAUGACUUUCUUCAACAGGUGGAGACAGAUCACUGUGCUUAACAGGCAUGGUUAGAUCUAUGAAUGGCUACCCUAUUGCUUUCCAUGAUUGUCAUACACAGAUGCAGUACAUUUUCCUGAGUUUCUUUUUUUGCUAUGUUUUAUCCACUAUCAUGCAUACUCUUCCAACUACACAUUUCCUACUGAUGUGAUGGGAAAAGUCUGCUUUAACAGUCUUGACCUGAAAUGAGUUGUACCCUUUCCAAACUAGUCUGAUUGUAUUUUUCUUUAUUUCAGUUGUAAUUUUCUUGGAAUUUAAGCUAUGUAGAUAUAAAAUUAAUUACAAUUAUAAGUCUUUCAAAAUUCAACACACAUGUUAAGCCAUUAGGAAAUAACAAUCUUCUCUACAUCAUUAAACAAUGCAUGACCAUGUAUCAUAUAUCUUUGUACAACAGAAGGGUGGCUAUCCUGAUUUAGUAGCAACAUCUGGAGACUAUCUUAGAGUAUGGAGGGUCAGUGACUCUGAAGUGCGUCUGGAAUGUCUUCUGAAUAAUGUAAGAAUUCUGAGUUUUUUAUGUUAUCAAAUAGACAAAGUUUUGUUUGAGUUGUAUACUAACUGUUUGGUCAUUGCAAACAUGUAAGUGUUCUUUAGAAGUACUAAACAGGCCACAUUUUUGCUGGUUUGUCAUUUCUGAAGUGUUGAACUCCUGAAUUAGACAACGCACCAAAGUUUAAUACCUGUCUGGAUCUGUCAAGAAGUUUUAACCUUUCCUAGCUAGUGAACAGUUUGUAUAAAGACAGAUGUUAAAGAAUGAUUGUGAGUCUGAUACAAGGAAGGGAAAAAAAACAACAUGUGGAUUAUUGUGAUAAAGUGUUUUGUGUAUUUGAUGCAUCUUGCUUUGUUUUCAUUGGCUAAGAGCCCACCAUAACUAUCCAUAUGUACUGCACCAUCUACUGUAGCUACACUAACAUUCUGCUCAUGCACAUUAUGUUCAUGCUCUUCCUUGGAAAAUGGCUGAUUGCUUCCUAAAGCUAUCAAAGAGAAAUUCCAGAAAGUGUUCUGGAAAAUGAAUUGGAUAGCCAAAUAAUAAUACAAAUAUUGAACUUGGCUAUUGCUAAUUAUUAUACAUUAGACAAACUCUGAUUGGUUGGGAGCAUACAGUCAAUGUACAAUAGCGUGUAAAGUUGACAUGAUAACCCAAUAUCUGCACCAAAUAUUGGGUUGUUAUGUCGAGUUCAGACUGCCCAGUUUCCAAGCCCAUCAUCCAUGAAAUGUUCUCAAACUUUUGCAGACUUAGAGUGAAGUGUCUUCUUUUGCAGAGUUGCUUGAAGAAUGUAUAAUUAAACACUUAUUAGUUUUCACACAAUAUCAUGAAUUUUCCAACCUCGUGUCUGUGCUUUCUGCUUUAGCCUUUAGCUUCAGCAGAUAACUCAGACCUUGGUUUUGAUAAUUCGUGACAUCAUGCUCAACCUCACUUAUUAAUUGUGCAAUAUUAUGGUUACUUUGUCUCUUGGAGACCAAGAUAAAUAUUUACCUCAGUCUCAACUUUACUUAAAUACUGCUAACUGAUUUCUUUUCUGAUGACAGAGCAUGAUAUUUUGCAUAACCUUGUGCAAUGGUUGCUUAUCAUUUGUUAUGCUACAUGUAUACUUUAUAUACAGAAUAAGAACUCUGAUUUUUGUGCUCCACUGACAUCUUUUGACUGGAAUGAGGUGGAUCCAAAUCUAUUGGGGACAUCAAGUAUUGAUACAACAUGUACCAUAUGGGGACUGGAGGUAUGGCAGUGGCUUACUUGUAUAUGCAAAAUCUGACUGACCUUGUUAGGUAAUAAUGCUAAUUCGCGACUCUGAUGAUGACUUCCACCAGGGCUGUUUAAUUUUUAGUCAUGACUAAAGAUAACAGCCCUCCUCAGGACUACCCUCAUAUGGACAAUCAGAAUACAAGUACACAAUCAAGUGAUACCUCAAGGUCUAAACCAUUUACUGUAAUGUUGCAUUGUAAAUGGAAAUGACUUAACUGUAAAAUGUUAUCAGGAUUUUUUAAUGUAUGACUUGUAUAGAAGAAAGAUGGGUCACACUCAAGUCUCUUCUUGAUUUGCACAGAUGUAUGUUGUAAUGAUUUGAGUCAUUUUACUCAGCAAGGCAUUUUGUGUGUUUUGAAUGUCAGUUUUGACCUGUUUUUCUGCUGGUUUUUUAUAGACAGGUCAAGUUAUUGGAAGGGUGAACAUGGUGUCAGGACAUGUCAAGACUCAACUUAUUGCACAUGAUAAAGAGGUAGGAUGAUUAUGUUAAGAAGCAAAGAUCCUAAGCAAGGAACACAUUUGUUAUGAUUUUGCCUUGUUGAAAGGGAAGUUGUAUUAAAUUGGUGUCAUCCUUUUUUUUUUAACAAGAGCAGAAAAGAAAUUCAGCCCUGCCAUCUAGUGAAGUUCUGUGAGAAAUUCUGAUCUUGGUAACUGAGUUGAAAUACAUGUAACAUCUUCUUUUUCAUUCUGUAGGUGUAUGAUAUUGCUUUUAGUCGUGCUGGUGGUGGAAGGGACAUGUUUGCUUCUGUUGGAGCUGAUGGUUCAGUCAGAAUGUUUGAUCUUAGGUGUGUGUUUUUUGUUUUCUUACUUGACAUAUAGAAUGGUAUAUGCUGCCUUGUUUUGACUGCAACUGUCAUUAUAUGAUGUGUACAGGGUACAUGUACUGUAUGUCAUGUUGUGGAGGAACUUAAACAUCACAAGAAGUUUUAUUUUGGAAAAAAAAUGUUCAUUUUUGUACUUUGAAUUAUUCCUAACCCACCUCAUGGAUACAAUGUGAGUUUCAUGAGUGAAAGACACCAAUAUAUAUAUAUAUAUAUAUAUUUUUUUUUUUUUUUCACCUCUUAACCCUUAAACACCCAUGAGUGACCAAGACAGAAUUUCUCCUUACAAUAUCAACACAAUAUCAACCAGAUAAGCGAUGAGAAUAAAGAAAAAUAUCAGUUUGGGGAUAAUUAGUUGAUCGAAUACUAAAUUCUCUGAACUAAUGUUAUAAGAAUUGUGUGGUUGACACUGAGGAGAAUGACAAAUUUUAUCUGGGAGUUAAAGGGUUAAUAUUCUUUAAUUUCAGUUUUUGAAUGUAGAUUAUAGGACUGGUAUAUGUAUGAUGCAUUUUAUGCAUGAAUACUCAAAAUAGUAAUCACCUACUGCUUACUGCAGAGUUCUCUGUAGCUCUAUAGAAGCAUUAAAACAUGGAAUCCAAAGACCCUUUGUUUGAUUCCUUAUAGGAACUCUUUGUCCCAUACUCAUUACAGGAUGAAAAAUAUAUAAUUAUUUUUAUUUCUUUGGUACAUGUUAAAUAAUCAGAUUAUACAAUAAAGUUUUGUAAAAAACCUGAUUUUCUUACAGGCACUUAGAACACUCUACAAUAAUCUAUGAAGAUCCACAACACAGUCCCUUGUUAAGAUUAUCAUGGAACAAACAGGAUCCUAACUAUUUAGCAACUUUCUCUUUGGAUGCAAUGGAGGUUUGUUGACAGUGUAUAGUCUGUAAAUAAAAAGGAAGUUAUAGUAAAUGAAUAAUUACCCUCAGGUAAUGUGUGCUUGAAUCAGCUGCACUUGCAUUACUGUAGCGUUUCUUUUGUUUUUGUGUACCCAUGUUGUGAUGACUCAUCCUUGUUCAAGAGGCCUGGAAAGGACUGUUGUCAGUGCUAGUGACAGCUGCUUAUUGAUGUCGCUAUGAAGCAGCAGGCCAAGGUUGUUCAAAGCUGGGUUAAGAUAACCCAGGGUUAGUUUGAUAUCCAAUCUCAGAUCAGAAAGCUUAAAAGAAAAUUCAGUAAAUUUUUUGUCUACAAUUUGGUAAUUGGAUGCUCUAAAUACAAUAGAGAAAAUUAUCCCAUAAAGGCUUUUGAACAAAGGAGUAAAGAAAACCACUUUAAAAUUUAACCUAGACUAUUUGCACUGAUCAGCCUUUGAACAACUGGGCUCUAAGAGCUCUAAUUUUUUUACACACUUAAACUGUUAACUCAUAGAAAUGUCUGGUAAAUUGUACUUACAAUGUAUGUAUGUAGUAUUUUGGGCAUAUAGAAAAACUUUUGAGUGAAUUUCAUAGACCAAAGAAAAUAUCUCUUUGCAUCUUUUUACACAAUUACUAACAGUAGUAGAAUAUAAUUAUUCUCCAGAAUUCUAAAAUGUCAUAGCUCCAUGAAUCUUACUUUUGAUACUGACUAUCAUCUGUCCCAGGUGAUAAUAUUAGAUGUUAGAGUACCAUGCACACCAGUGGCAAGGUUAAACAACCACAGAGCCUGUGUAAAUGGCAUUGCAUGGGCUCCACAUUCAUCUUGUCAUAUCUGUACAGCAGGUUAGUUUCUGGCUUUGAUGUCUUGCUGAUGUUUUGUACAUGUGCCAUAAAAUUAAAUGCAAUAAAGAAAUGUUUAACUGAUAAACACCAUCUUGUGUGGUGACACUGAUGAAGUGUAGCUUUUACUGUCAGGGAACAGGCAGGAAAAGCAAAACAAUUAUGUCCAAGGAAACAUUGGGAGACCUUUUUGUGAUCUUAGGUGACCGUUUGGCAGACUCUUUUAGAGGCAGAUGGGCUGACUGACUGUCUGAUGAACUGAUUGAUUUUCUGUCUGUCUGCCUGCCUGCCUGCCUGCCUGUCUGCCAUGACUGAGAACCAUUUGCUGCCAGUUACUAGUUGGCUAUAUGAUAUGAACUGUAUACAUGUAUAAAUUCCACAUUAUUGGUUUGAUAGCUUGUUUGAAUCUUUCUUGAAGGUGACGACCACCAAGCCUUGAUCUGGGACAUUCAACAGAUGCCACGAGCCAUUGAGGAUCCCAUUUUAGCUUACACUGCAGACGGAGAGAUUAAUCAGAUUCAGUGGGCGAGCACACAGCCAGACUGGAUUGGCAUCUGCUACAACAACAACUUGGAGAUUCUAAGAGUAUAAUAAUGUAGAAGGAACUUACCUGUAUUGAGGAUGGAAGUUUGGUAUCCCUGUUCAUUCAUGGAUAUGGUCUUGGGAAUUGAGAUGUCUGUCCAUUUUUGGGACAAGUUGUAAGUGUCUCUUGCAGGUCUCUUGUGCCCAUAUUUUCUUAUAUGAUGUUUUACUUUGUUGAGACACAGAAUUUGCAAAACUAGGAUGCUUAAUGGUGGAGUCUUCUGGUGCCAGUGAGGAUAGUCUGGACAUAACAACUGUUGGUGAUAGAGAAGGGUACUUUGACAACCUGAGAGGAAUUUAUCAUCGAUUGACUCUAGUGAUGACUUCCUUUCAGGGUUUUUAAGCAGCCGUCACUACCAAUGACAACAGUCUUUUCCAGGCCUUCCCUCAUGCAGGUCAUUGUCAGAACAUACAAUUUAUUGUUAUCAUGGCUCAAACCAAAUCCUAAAUUAGAGCAAUGAUUCUCCUUUUCAGUUUAUUACUCUGCUAACCUUUUCACACCCAAGAUCUCAGUUAAAAUUCUCCUCUCUGAUGUCUACUUGUUCCUGAUAAUUGUAGCUCAGAGAAUUAUUUUGGUGUCAACCCUUUAAAUCCCAAGAUCUCAUUUUUAGUUCACCCCCUAGCUGCAGCAGAAUUCCUUUUAUAUUAGUUGCAAGAAUUUGGUGUUAGAUCAGGAAAACAAGUCCUACCAGAUAAGUUUGAGUAUUCUCAUUACCUGUUUUCUCGACAAUGUAUGGAUAUCAGAGAGAGAAGUUACAUAUUGAUCACCUGCAGGAGUUUAAGGUUAAAUCAAAUAACAUCCUCCUGUUGUUCUUUUUCCAUAUUCUCAUCACCUUUCUGGUUGAUGUUGUAUUGAUAUGGUAAGGGGAAAUUAGUUAUUGGUCACUUGUGGUGGUGAAAGAGUUAAUAGAGAAUUUUUUUGUUUACUGCUGUCUUGUAGAUAGCCUCUCUGAGUUCAGGCAAGAUCCUUCUACCCAUGUUUUCUUGUUUGUUUAUCUCAAGACAAUGUAGAUGUCAUAUAUUUUCUAAUCUUGCAGACAGUUAUAAUAUUUUUGCUCACGUGCUCUGUACAUGUAGAGAUGAUAUAAAUGUAGUGUAAUGCUUCUGAUUUCCUUUGUAUAGCAGAGCAUUUCCUACGUGUAGUUAAUAACAGGUAAUAGAUUACAUGUUGUAUAAAUGUACAGUAGACUAAUUUAAGCUUGAACAUGUACAAGAGGAGAUCAAUUUUUUUGGUUUUGAUUCUUUGUUUUAAAAAGUCCGUAAACUCGAAACAAUAGGUGAUACUCAGUAGUCUUUUAGUUUAACGAAAUUGAUUAAAGUAGUGAGUGACCAUCAAAUUCCUUUUUAGCUGGAAGUUUACUGAGAGAAAACAAGUACUUUGCUGAAAAAGGAAAAAAUCAUGGGCAAUCAAGUUAGAAUUUAUAGUUUGCUUCCUUGUAUUUGCAUUAGUCAGUUUUGAUUUAAUGGCCCAUUAACAAUGCAUGAUAACUAGAAGCAACAUUUAAAGAUUGGACUUAAUUUUCAAAGCCUUAUUUGUUGGGCGGUGGAAAUAUCAACGAAGCAACAUUGUACAUUCUAAAUUAACUUAAAUAUUCAUCAAUUCUCUUUGUUAACAUUUAGGGUAGCAUAAAUUCAUUGUAAGCUACGUGAGAUUUUAAAUUGAAGUCAUAGAUUGCCUUGUUUCUGUGUAUAUUUAAAUAAAGUGAAAUAUAUGUUAGUUCUUCUAUUAUGUUUAAUACAACAGUAAAGUUUAUGUUCGCGGGCAUUAAAUUGUUGUGGGCCACUCAGAUUCAUUUUGACUCGAGCAGCUUAGCAAGGGUUAAAAUGACUCUGAAAGGGGUCCAAAACAUAUUUAUGCCCAAGUAUGUAAAGUGUAUUGCUAUUGUUAUCAGUUUGAAGGGCAUUGAAGUAACAGACACUGAAAAAAGACAACAAAAACGGGUUAAAAUAUAUUUUUGCUCGCCAAAACCUCCAUUUUAGUUCGCACAAUGCCCGACAAAGUGGGGAUGAUUUUAAAUCUUUUGGUCUUGUUGAUGCAACAACCAGCCGUCCCCUAAGCUUUUGUAAAAUGCCAGCUUUUUCAGCUCGCCGUCUUAGAUAAUCAUUUUACUUAUGUAAGUCGAGAAGCUGGAUUCUUCUUUCUUUGAACGAUUAUUGGAAAUGUUCUCUAUUUAAGAACUUAUGACAAUUAAAAUGAUUUAUUGCUUGAUUUUGAGUUUCUUCUCGUCAAUAUACUUAUUCAGUGUCACAAUCAUCGACCUUAAAUUUAGGACUUUUGAAAGAUCGUUAAUUUUAACCCAUACAAAGGAACUGAACUUGACCGUUCAGUAAAG